AUGGCAUCCACUGCCUUGCCACCAUUGCCAUCGCCACAACCCUUUUCGCCGCCACCGUUGCUGCAACAGCCACCGUCUCGAGAUUUGACUAGAUCCUUUUCGGAAGCCUCGGCCAAUACGAAUGGAUCCAGACAUCGUCGUGGAGGGACCGUGUGCGAAUUCUCCUUUGAAUCGCUCAUCACGAACAGUCCCCGGACGAAGCGCAGCAACAGUUUACCAUUGGAAGUGCAAAUACAAGUGCACUAUGCUCCAACACCGACGGGCAAUAACAACGCUCCUUCUCGAUGGAGAUUGGAUUCCAAUGGCGACGAUUCAUUGGUCUUUUUGGACAAGCCAAAGAAAUCACGCCCGGCACCCGAAGAAGAAGAAAAGGGAUACAUUAGCCCCUUGGAGGAAGAGCAGUUCCUGAACGGAAGCGUGAUUCAUGCAGUGCCAAAGAGUGCGAGUGACAUGGAUGCCAGUCCACAAACGUCCACGAGCAAUCCUCAAGAUAGUCUCUGUGGAGAUGAUGAUGAAGACUAUAAUGACAAUGAAAUGGACGACAGCAUUGUGGGCACUCCCACCAAGAAGAAACCACACGGAGAAGAAUCUGCCGCAUCGAGUCCAUUUUCCAAACUCAAGGAUGAUGCGCCUCUCAUGUCGGCUGGAGAAUCCUGGAUGUUGCAGUGGUGCAAUCACGACACGACUGCAGUCGCUGACGUGCCUUUUAGCGCAGUUACUCCCACGCAGAGCCCUUCCAACAGCAGUACGAAUACCAGCAGGUCGUCGAGAAGUGUAGUAAGGCGCCGUGUGGCCAAACCACCCAAAUCGCCACUAUCGCAGGAGCAGCCCGCACCCGGAGACAAGGCGAGGCUGGAGUAUUUACCCAAGAAUCUUGCCUUGGAGCAAAAAUGGAGAACCAAUCACGCGGAGACGAGCGCCCAAGGUGUAGCGGCCGUUUCUGGUUGGGUUGCCUUUGGUUUUGGAGACUCGCUGUUGGAAAAGCUUCGGGAUGAUGGUGCCCACUUGGAUCGUGGUGAUAUCGCUUACAUUAUUGCUCCUUCAGCUUCGAACAAGCUAUGGGUCUCCAGCAAGGCCGAUGGAACCUUUGAGAACCUUGUCGAUUGGCAGGAUUGUCGAGUCGAAGUGCAUGAGAUUUCCAGACUUCGCGGACGAGCCGUCGUAGUGAAACGACAAGACCAGGCGGUUUGCACACUCUUGCCCGUGUGUUUGGCGGAACACUACGAUGGGUCUCCGCAACUCUUUGACCCAACUCAAUGCUUCCCACACGGUGACUAUCUUCCUGACGAGCAGCAGUAUACCACCAUGCACAUUAUGUUCGCACUGGACUCUCUCCUCAAGGCCAAUCAAACCUGGAUGUAUUGA